AUGGCCGUCUCCUCCGCUCGUCCACUCGUCACUGUCCAAGCCCUAGACAGUGACAUGACCACCGAUCACUCCUCAACCGUCGUCUUACCCGACAUCAUGACAGCCCCCGUCCGUCCCGACAUGGUCAACUUCGUCCACGCCCAAAUCUCCAACAACAGCCGACAGCCCUACGCCGUCUCCACAAAAGCCGGUCACCAGACCUCCGCCGAGUCGUGGGGAACAGGACGCGCCGUCUCGCGUAUUCCCCGUGUCCCCGGUGGUGGAACACACCGUGCGGGACAAGCAGCCUUUGGUAACAUGUGUCGUGGCGGAACCAUGGCCUUUCCGAACAAGGUUUAUCGGAUUUGGCACAGACGUGUUAACGUGAACAUGAAGAGACACGCGAUCGUGUCGGCUAUUGCCGCGACAGCUGUUCCAGCUCUUGUGAUGGGACGUGGACACAAGAUUGAGAAUGUUGGUGCUUAUGAUGACGCUGAGAAGGCGAAGGAGAGUAUUGGGAUUAGGUCUGGUGUGGGGAAAAUGAGGAACAGGAGGUAUGUUUGUCGGAAAGGGCCUCUUGUGGUUUACGGUAACGAAGGAGGGAAGAUUCUUGCACCUGGUGGUCACGUUGGGAGGUUUGUGAUUUGGACUAAGUCUGCUUUUGAGAAGCUUGAAGGUAUCUAUGGAUCUUUUGAGACUCCUUCGGAGAAGAAGAAAGGGUACGUGUUGCCUAGGGCUAAGAUGGUGAAUGCUGAUUUGGCGAGGAUUAUUAAUUCUGAUGAGGUGCAGAGUGUGGUGAAGCCGAUUAAGAAGGAUGAGAAGAGGGCUGUGAUGAAGAAGAAUCCCUUGAAGAAUUUGAAUGUGAUGUUGAAGUUGAAUCCUUAUGCUAAGACUGCUAAGAGGAUGUCUUUGUUGGCUGAGGCGCAGAGGGUUGUGGCUAAGAAGGAGAAGCUUGCCAAGAAGAGGAAGAUUGUCACCAAGGAGGAGGCAUUGGCAAUCAAAGCAGCAGGGAAGUCGUGGUACCAGACUAUGAUCUCCGACAGUGACUACACCGAGUUUGACACCUUCACAAAAUGGCUCGGUGCUAGCCAGUGA